AUGAGUGAUUUAAUUCUUCUAAUUUUGAAUAAAAUUGAAACUGAGAUUGUUUAUACAGCAACAAACUGCCUCGGUGGUGUAGUGGAUAGCAUGUAUGGCUGCACACCCGGAGGUCCAGGGUUCGAGUUCCGGGUCGGGCCAAGUUUAGUUAUUGAGUCUUUCUGUAUAGUAAGCCUCAAUAAUAGCCCUAUCGCCUAUGGAGCCGACACAUGU